AUGAAGUCGUACUCCUCUCUCGCAACCUUGGCGAUGGUCUCCGUGACCAACGCCUUCCCUGGUAUUCUGGAGGAACUUCAAGCUCGUUCAAACUCGAACUUGUUAGAGCGUCAAGAGUUCCCAGAUGCCUCGACACGAUUCGACGCCGCUGAGCAAUACGUCUCGACAUCUGRCGAGCAUGCUUUUGUUGCUCCAACGGGUGACGAUCAACGUGGUCCUUGUCCUGGACUGAACGCGAUGGCCAACCAUGGAUAUCUUCCCCACAAUGGCGUCGCAAGUGACGCUCAAUUUAUUGACGGCACAUUCAAGGUGUUCGGCAUGGCUGCCGACUUGAGCGGCUUCUUGACGACUCUGGGAUCAACCUUCGAAGGCAACGGACUUGUCUGGAGCAUUGGCGGCCCUACAAAGGAUGCUCCCCCUCUCCUGCCCAUCCUCGGCAAUCCACAAGGAAUCUCGGGGUCCCACAACGUCUACGAGGCCGACGCUUCACCUGGACGAGGUGAUCUUUACCAGUACGGUAACGCCUUCCAGCUCCAAAUGAGCCAGUAUCAGGAGCUUUACGACAUGGGCAAGGCAAACAAUGACAACAUCGAUUUGCCUUUGCUGGCAGAGUUCCGUUCGAAGCGCUUCGACCAAUCUAUCGCCAACAACCCUUACUUCUUCAACGGUCCCUUCACGGGAGUCCUAGUCCAGCCAGCCGCCUACCAGUUCAUCUACCGCUUCAUGAGCAACAAGUCAGAGGAACAUCCACAAGGUGUCUUGAACACUGAGAUUAUGAACUCCUUCUUUGGCGUCAAGGAAGUCAACGGUCAUCUACGGAAGAUAGGAGGAUUUGGACAUGAGCGUAUUCCCGAGAACUGGUACAAGCGCGCUGUCGGCGAUGAGUACAGCAUCCUUACCCUCAACGCGGACACCGUUUCCGCAGGCUUGAAGUAUCCCAAGUUCUUCAACGUCGGCGGCAACACCGGAAAGGUCAACACCUUCACCGGCGUGGACGCCCGCGAUAUUUCUGGUGGUGUCUUCAACACAGCCACGCUCGGCAAAGGCAACAACGCCUUCUGCUUUGCUACGCAAUUCAUGAUGCAGGCGGCUCCCGACGCGAUCAAGUGCAGCGGAGUGCUCAACAGUGUCGUUGAUGCCCUGAAGCCCCUUACUUCUGCCCUUAGCACCUUCAACUGCCCCAAGCUUGAGCGGAUUGAUGACACUCAAUUCGACAAGUUCCCGGGCUAUACGGGCCUUGACUGCAAGUCGGGAACUUACAACUGA